CUUGGCGGCGGCAGCUGAGAACGUGACGAGGCUGAAGUGCAGGCAGCAUUUCCAAGGCUGAGCGCAGAAUCUUGAUAUAGCAAUGAACUUCCUGCUCUAACCUACUCAAGAGCUCAAAACGAUAAUGUCGACACAGACAGAUCCCCAGACACAGGCGGCGCUGGCCGCAAACAAGAUAGCCUCCGCGGCCAUGGGGAUAUCGAUCGCGGCCCUCCUCAUGGCCUAUCUGCAAUUGCUGCUGGGGAACAUCAUGUCGGGGAAUGCACUAUGGAAGACAAAUCACGCCGCGAUUGGGGUUUCCGCGUCUCAUCGCUCGUGGAUUCCUGGUCUGAGAAGGCUCAAGAUCCGAUAUCCCCAGAUCAACUUCAGAAUCAGAAAUAUCCUGUUUGAGAUUCAUGAGUCCGCCGAUCGGGGUAUUGUGAAUACCUUCAUGAGCAGCUUCGCCAAGCAUCAUGGCUACGAGUGGAGAAGAAUUCCCAGCGGAGAUUGGGUGUCGUCUAAGCACAUAAGUGACGGAACGACUGUAUUGUGCGAAGCAAAUGGCCGGCCCUUACAAGUCGGCAUUCUACCAGUUCCGACGAGGCUUUAUUACCAACUGUGGCGCCUUGUGAAUCCUAUAUUCUCUCCCGACCGCCCUCGAGCCACUUGGGCACAAGUAAUCCAGGCGUUAGGCAUUACCGAUACCUCUUCCCUCGUCGUCAAUAAACUCGACGCUGAUACCAUUCCCUCCGGGAUUGAUGUUCCAAUCCAACGACUCAGACUCUUUGAUCUUGGUCGUCUAGCGCUAAUUAUGGGCUGUACAACGGUGGAGAUCGAUGUGAUGAACCGCUUCUUCCGAGCCGUGGGCCCGUUUUGCACACUCUCCACCGACGACAUUCCGACCUUUGGAAAAGCGAUACGAUUCGAAGGAGACAUUUAUGCCAUCAACAGGGAUAAAUGGCGGUUCCAGCCUGUCUCGUCGAUGUUUGCAGCCUUAGAACUGGCGGAAGGGCGUCUAGCUGUGUCGAGAUAUUUGAUACCAUCCAUGACGUCGUUCACUCACCACAACUAUUGGGAUCUUAGCUCAUGGGAGUCAACACUAUCGCCCGUCAACCUCGUCUUCCAAGCCGAGACAUUGGACGCAUGCGAAAGAAAUACUGAGCUGGCCUUGGAGCACACAUCGACCGAACAUAUCUCGCACCCUUUCCAGAAGUGGCAACUGAAAACUGUGCUCACUAUACCGUCUAUGGUCGCAGUUGCGUCUUACGCUGGAUUGCCUAAUGCCUUUUGUGGUUUCCCAUCCGGAGUGCUGCUGUCCGCGCUGAAGGGCUGGGUUCAGGUCCAAGCAGACGAAAUUACCCAGCAGAACAAUGCGCUUCCUAAUGUAGAGAAAGCCUUUAAUGGCUCCAUCUCGGCAUGGAGGUAUCUGCGCGUGGGUGAAAUCGCGUUUCUGGAACGCCGAUCUCAGAUCGUCAUGACUCCUGUUCCAUGGUACACUACAGCAGCAUCAGGGUUGGAAGGACAGCUAGGAUGGGCGUACGCUCGACUGCCGCAGGAAUUGAGGGACUCGAUAUGGGGCCCGCCACCGAGUCAUCCCACUCCCGUAUGGAGCCGUGGCACAGGUCUGGUGAUGCCACCCUGUCUCCUCCUACUGGAGCGUUAUGACCCGGCCGUAUGGGCAGAAGACAUCCGGAAACAGUAUCGCGAUAUUGAAGGAGAGCUGCACCCUUCCAAGGUUCUUUGGUUCCAGACCUUGCUUAUUGACAUCGCUAUUCGGCUGCAGAUUAGAGGCAAAUCUGAGCGAGCACACGACGAGGACAAACGCCGCGAGUCUGUUCCUCAAGAGCAAGGUUCUAUCCCCGAGGCAGAGUGCAUUGUGAAAGCGAUUGCGAGCAGUUGUCUGUGGAACUUGGAAGGGAGCUAUCUCGAUCAAGUCCCUAGUCCGAAGACUGAGCCACCACAAGAUCAGCAUCCCCGCCUUGGUUUACAAGGGCCCAUCUCUGUCACUGAGCUCCAACCACCAGAAGCAGGCUAUGUUGGUCGGGCGGGUACUCUCCCCUCGCCACGAUCCAACGACACACUUCAGACUGAAGCGCCAAGAGACGAGCCUCCUCAUCCAAUAACAGAAUGCGCACAUUCUUCGCCGCAACCGACCCGUCCUACCCCUCGGGAUGAGCCUCCAGAGUCAUCCUCCCCUGAACAGCGUAGAGAGUAUGUGCCUUGGGACUUACACAGGGCACUCCUCACGCACUGCGACUUCUACAGCCAGUUAAAACCGGAGCAAGCCGAGCUCGAGCACAAGCGCCUUGCUAUCCUCCUGAAGCUACGCGCGCUUUUCUUCAUCGCAUUCUUGAUGUCGGGGCCGGAUUCGAGCCAGGUGUUUGACGCUCGGCAUAGCCAGGCACAGGUUCCUAUGAUAUAGCAGAGGAGACUUGAGGGAGCAGCUAUGGAAACGGAGAUCAAGAUGUUGAUUGCGGAAUGCGUUUGCUUGCUGUUACGUCGCUCCAAGGCGGAUAGUG